ACAAGGUCCACGGCUGGGUCAUCAUGGCUAAGCACCACAGGACCCCUUACCGAAAUGCUGGGAGCAUCAUCGAGGUGAAAAGCAAAUUUGAUGCAGAGUUCAGACGCUUUGCCAUAUCCAGAUCCUGUGUUGGAGACUUCCAAGAAUUUUACCAGUUGAUUCAGACUGUGCACAAGAUCCGUAGUUUUGACAUUCUUUUGGGUUACACUGACAUCCAUGGUGACUUACUACCCAUCAACAAUGAUGACAAUUACCAGAAGGCACUGAGCUCAGCAAAUCCAUUACUUAGAAUUAUAAUUCAGCGGAGAGAGGUUCCCAGAUUGACCAGAUCAUUGCAUAUGAAAGAAAAGCUCAGUUCUGCUACGCGACAGUUAUCUUUGGAACCAGAGUCAGAAAAUUCUAUCUUUACAUCUAAUUCACUGCAAAGGAAAAAAAAAGGUCUCCUACGUCCCGCUCAGCAUCGUACUCGGCCACCGCUUCUUAUUGGGAUGCCCCAGGACUUUCGACAGAUAUCAUCCAUCAUUGAUGUUGAUAUACUCCCUGAGACACAUCGGCGGGUUCGUCUACACAAGCAUGGUUCCGAUAAGCCUUUGGGUUUUUACAUACGUGAUGGCAUUAGUAUCAGAGUCUCUCCUCAAGGAGUGGAAAAAGUUCCAGGAGUCUUUAUUUCUCGACUUGUUAAAGGUGGCUUAGCAGAGAGUACUGGGUUACUGGCUGUUAGUGAUGAAAUCUUGGAAGUCAAUGGAAUUGACAUAGCUGGAAAAUCAUUAGAUCAAGUCACUGAUAUGAUGGUUGCAAAUAGUCACAAUUUAAUAGUAACAGUAAAGCCAGCCAACCAAAGAAACAAUGUCAUCCGAACAAGCAAAGCAUCUGGAAGUUCUAGGGAGAGUACUGCAAGCCCAGUGUCACAUUAUACAAGCAAUUAUAGCACAGCUGAGGGUGACAGUGAUGAAGAUGGAGAUGUUGUCAUUGAGAGCGACUAUUCACCUGUGGUCAUUCACACACAAAACCAACUUGUCAAUGGAGAACUGCAAAGGAGCCUUCAGCAGAGCCUAUCACUACAUGGACCCCAGAACCCAUUACAUUCUGCACAUAAUCGUAGCAGAAGCCCUAGACUGACUAUAAAAGGACAAGAGAAUGGAAUGAGGGAAGAUGGUACCAUUAUAACACUAUAGUGAUCACUAACUGAACAAAACUAUAUCCACUUGUCACUCAUAGUGUUUGGAAGGUCUGUGUCUGUUUUAUACAUGUAGCCCAUAUUGGAUGCCCUAGAUAUUAUCUUAUUCAAGACCUCCUAUUGAAGUGCAUUUAAUCACUAAUUGUAUAUAUCAAGGCCAAGCUGCAAUAGGUGUAACCUAUGUAAAUGACCUGAAAUAAAAUGCAAAACAUCA